AUGGUAAAGGAGACAUAUUUAUACGAUUUAUUAGGUGUAGAAAUAUCUUCCACAACAGAAGAGAUAGCACGAACAUAUAAACGACAAGCGCUAAAAUGUCAUCCUGACAAAACAAAUCAUGAUCCAGAAUUAACCGAGAAAUUUAAAGAAUUAACCAGAGCUUAUGAAAUUUUACGAGAUCCCAAGCAACGAUCAGUAUAUGACAAAUAUGGAGAGGCGGGAUUGGAUGGCGUUAUAGAAGUGGCGUCUUCAUCACAAGCUCCAUCUACACAACAAAGACGGGGUGGUGGUGGUGGACGACCUCCGUUCCCAAAUGACAUAUUCUCACAAGUCUUUAAUGAUAUAAAUAGCAUGUUCUCCCAGCAUUCGAUGUUUAAUUUCCCGCCACCACCACCUGGAGGACAACAAACAUUUGUUAGAACAAGUACAACUAGCUUCUCGGGCAUUCCUAACCUCCAGCAACAGCAACAACAGAAUAUGAAAAAAGUUGUCCAACCAUAUGGAUCUCCCUUAGAUCAAGAAUUUGUCCGUGGAGAAGAUAUCCAUCAUACUUGUGAUGUUAAUCUUGGAGAUUUCGUAUAUGGGAAAACAAUUAAAUUAAACCUUCCCAAAAAUGUUAAAUGUGAAGUUUGUCAAGGAUAUGGAGGAUAUAAUCCCAAAACAUGUAAACAAUGUGAAGGAUCAGGAAAAAUUAUCACAACUUUUUAUAAUAACUUUUCACAAUUUCAACAAACAGGAUCAUGUCAACCAUGUAAUGGAACAGGUAUAUUCAUCGAUCCUAAUGACAGAUGUCCUGCAUGUGCAUUUACGGGAUAUGUACAUGAAACAAAACUUAUCAAGGUCAAUGUUUUACCAGGCUGUAAAAAUGGGGAUAGAAUAAUUUUACAAGGUGAAGCAGACGAAGGCAAGAAUAUCAUACCGGGAGAUGUAGUUAUUCAUCUCCGAGAAAGAUCACAUCCUUAUCUAAUCAGGAAAUAUAAUGAUUUAUACAUGGAUUAUGAAAUUGAUCUCAAGACGGCAUUACUAGGUGGACAGAUCACCAUUCCAAAUUUUCUUAAACAGGGACAAUCUUUACGCAUUUAUAUCAAUGUCCAUGGAAAUCGAAGCAUAAACAAUAGUAACAAUCCUUUGAUUCAAGAAGGUGAGAUUGUCGGCACGAUAAACUCCGGCGAACCAAAAAUCGUCAAGGGAUUAGGAAUACCCAUAAAUGAAAUAACAAAAGGAGGUGAAUUAAUCCAAAAUCUAGAAGAUGUUGACGGAUUAAGAGAUGUUCUAUUUGAUUUAAGUAGAUACAAUAGAGGGAAUUUAUAUAUAAAUUUUCAUGUUAGAUUACCUUCAAUUUCCGAUUUUUCGGAACCGGAUCUAUUAAAGCUUGGAGAAAUCUUACAUCAUAACACUACUUCGAAUCCAAAUGGACAAACAUCGUCAUCUUCGUCAUCAUCAACUCCUGAGGCAGAGCGUCGUGGAACGACUUUAGAAUCACAUUUAUCGAAUAUACCGAUGAGACAACAGUCACAACAAAGAGGGCUGUCGGCUAGUCCGUCAAAGGAUUAUAAUAUGGGAAAUAUGGACGACGAUGCAUAUUUUGACACUUCGAAGAAUGGAAAGAGAAGAAGAUAUUAA